AUGACUAUUAAUAAAGAAGUCAAUUAUGUUGCUGGCUCUGAUGCUUCCUUUUCCAUGGUCGAAAACAGUCCACUGACGCAUACAACAAACCUACCCCAAACUAUUGAUUUGGACAAACAAGAAGGCGACAAUGUUCAAAAGAAAAAGAAAAGGAAAGUUGGAGAAGCGGAUGAUCCUAAAGCUGAUGAUUCUAAUGCUGGAGAUUCAGGAUUCUGUCAUUUUAUGAGUGUUACACAACCUAGGUUCCCACUUCCAGGAAGGGUUUCAAUUGCUAGGGACUGUUUGAGUCUUUAUGCGAGUGAGAAACAUAAGUUAAGAAGCAUUUUUACUAAAACAAAUCAAAGUGUUUGUCUAACAACUGAUGCUUGGACUUCUGUGCAAAAUAUUAAUUAUAUGGUUCUUACUGCGCAUUUCAUUGAUCAAGACUGGAAGUUGCAUAAAAGGAUUCUCAAUUUUUGUCUAAUAACUUCUCAUAAGGGAGAGAUAAUUAGGAGAAAGAUUGAAAAGUGUUUGGAGGGUUAUAUGAUAGAUAAGGUUUUCCCUAUCACGGUUGAUAAUGCCGUUUCAAACGAUGUUGCUAUCGCUUACCUAAAAUAUAAAAUGGAGGAUUGGAAUUCACAUCCAUUAAAAGGGGAGAAUUUACAUAUUAUAUGUUGUUCUCACAUUCUUAACCUUGUUGUCAAUGACAGGUUGAAGUUGAAGCACAUGCACUUUUCACUUUCCAAAAUUAGGAGUGUGGUUUAG